UCUUCGAUUGCCCUUCGACAGAUUCUAGAUCAAAAAUAAAUAUCAUCAAUCUAUUGACUCCCGAUUCCCAACACACCAAUUAAGAAAAAUAUAAGUAUGAUCUUCCAGGCUCGAGCUCGCUGUCCCUCCAUCUUCCAAUCGUCUUGGCCCAGAUCCCCAACAACCUCAACAUCAAUCCUGCCCGGCCACCGCAGAAACCCACACAAUGCCCCACUCCUUCCUCCAAAACAUAUUCGGCUCGUCUCAACCGCCAAUCCCUUGAUGCACAAAGAUCUCCAGACGCCCCCAGACGAAAGCCACUCUAAUAGGUUCCUGCAAGAGUGCGACAAAAAAACCCAAGAUUCUGAUGGGUUCCUCGGCCAAAACGGCACAACUAGUGGUUCUUCCAAAAUCGAUCGUGAUGGAAGGAUCGCCCCCUCGUCUCACGAGAAAGCCGAGAGGCUCUUUAAUCAUCCUCUGGAGGACGAAAUUGUUGCAGAAGCAUUCAACAAUCAUGAAUAUUUAGACACCAAACGCAUCGUCGAUCCCACGCUCCAGACGCUCCAGAAGAUGGCCCGCCAGUGGACGCCCGACGAAUACCUGGCCCCUUCUACUUCCCUUGUUGCAACAUCGAAGAACGGCAAAUCGCGACUCUUGAAGGAGCUGUCGAGACGCACAUGCGUCGUCUAUAUCUGUCUCCGGCCCAAACACUCGUCUGGUUUUCCGCCCCGAUCCGAAUAUCCUGCGGGCGUGCUUCUCGAUUCCAAGUGUCCAACCCUGCAAACCCGAUACGAAGAGCUGCUGUGUGCUAUCUUGUAUACUGUCGCCGAUUUCUUUUCGGCUCAAGACCCGGGGAGUAGACAAGAAAGAUUGGAGCAAUGGGUUCUCCAUAGCUUUCCACAAUCCAAUCGGUCUGGCGACCCACCCUUUUGGACAGACGUCGAGACAAAGAUGAACGAGAUCUCCAGCAGAUCGGCUCGACCUCUGACUGUCUACGAGAAGCACACCCAACUUCGAGAGGCAUUAAAGAGGAUGAAGGAGAGUACCAAGUUCAUUGAGCAAGACGACCUCAGAGUGCUCUUGGCAAUCGACCAAGCCAGCGCAUUGCUUGCCAGUAGCUCUUCCUCAGAUCUGUCGUUCUUGAGCAUUUUCCGCGGGGCUCUUCAGAGGAUACCAUCCCAUUCGACCGGGUUUUUCUCCGUCCUUGCAGAUGCCAACUCUCCUCUUUCGAUUUUCCAUCCUGAUCAUCCCAAUCACAGGAUCGGCAAGCACAAGCCCAAAAAGCUUUUCGAUUCCAUAUACCAAAUUUGUUCCUUCGAUGUCCACGUGAGCGAUCCGCCCAGAGAUCAGCACCAGUUGCAAUCCGCAUUUAGGCUCUUAUCUUAUGGCUCCCCCUUUUGGCGCGCGUAUGCCAAUGAAGCCAAGAGGAAGGGACUUGCGGACGAUGAGAUCAUCCAAGGCUUGACCCAACACGCUCUUGAAAAGCUUCUAUCCACGAAUGGUCAGUCGGUUCCAGCCGGCUCCCUGAGCAAUUCCCAAGUGUUUGCAUUGCUUGGGUCGACCAUACAGCCACCAACCUUGGGAGCUUCACAUCUGAAUGCCCAGCUCGUUUCAAGCCAUGGAGCGCAAUGCAUGCACAUCGACCCCUCUCAUCUCAAGCUCACGAGUGGAUAUCCCUCCCAAUUCAUCUUGUCUUCGGCAGCCAAUCAGUACCUGGCCUCCGACGAAGCCAGGCUCAUCCGGUCCAUCCAAGUGCUUGCCUCUAUCAACCGCCAACGCUUGUUUAAUCUCGGCGAUAUUGGCAGACUAGUGAGCCGGAUCAUCCUGCUUCGGGCGAUGCAAAUCACCAUGCAAAACACACCACCAUCACCCCCAGCUGCAGACCCAGGGCCGGAUCUGAUCACCAUGCCAUUCGGCCAUUCAGUUCGAUUGGUAGACUUCUUACAGACCUUAACGGGCUGGGACCAAGAACACCUCCAACUCGGUCCAAUCGACAAGGAGAACAAAGAGAAACUCUUGGCGGAAGGACGUGUGUUCUGGAACCACUUCAUCUCCAUCGAUCACACACCAAGCUCAGCCGGCCUGUUACGCCAAUUAUAUCGCGGAUUGGCGGUCACUUGCAGACACCAUCAGCCUAGCUUUGACCAACUCUUUACAAUCUACCUUCGCUCCGAGUCCGGCCCGACGACAGCUCUUAUCGAUGAGAAACGGAUCACGUUCGGCGCGGUUUGUGUGUCUAACUCGAGCGACGAUGAGUCGGUUGCUCAGGCUUCAUACCAAUGGACACCCGCCCAUGCUGGGAUUAAGCUGCAAGAACAUCGGAACCCUUAUCUGGUCCUCAACUUCCGGCUCCAUGAAUCCAGCCCGUCGAAGCCAAGAACGCCGGCCUCAUCGCCCCGCAUUCUGCCGAUCCCGCGCGGAAAGGCUUCCCCUAACCAGGCCCGUAGACGCGCCGCUUUGGCCUUCUAUGGGCUCGACGCGUUCCCCUGUCUGUCCCAAGAUCUGCGCUCGGCGUUGCAGGACUUGUUGGAGUCCGAGUCCGACGGCUCGGCCCUGCUUAUCUUCUCCGAUCAGGCUUCAGAGCUCUCUCGGUCUUUUCGGCUCCAAUGUUCGCCCGAAGUUUGGGCCUCUUCCCAGUAAACAUCUCCCCAUCAAUCCUCGUGCUAUCUAUGUAUCCUGUUAUGUAUCUUAUAUAAU